AGACUCCCUCAUUCAUUCGCAGAGAAAACUCUUGUUCUUAAAGACGCAAUGUAUCCGUAAGAGAGCUGGGAGGGAGAGAGAGAGAGAGAGAGAGAGUGGGGGGGAAAAAAGCGUUUUGACUUAAUCCGAGUCAAAGAGCAGGUUAGGUUAGCCCCAAUGUGCGCAGAGAGUAGGCUCUGCGUAAAGACCCGCAGACUCCAGUGAUACGCUCAAAUUUGACAGUGACUACUUUUAAAGCCGCCCAGUCUUCAGACCUCUUAGAUCGCACACGCGUGCAGCUCAUUAGGAGUUUGAUUAAGAGCUAAAUCGAUCUCUUGCGCACAAUCAGGAGAAAGUGACAUUUCCCAGAGUUGUUUUAUUUUUUUUAUUUUUAUUUUUUUUCUCCCCUUAACAGCAGCAGCCUGUUUUUGAGGAAGAGAUGGCAAAGUUCUUCCGAGCUGCUAUCAUGGGUCCACCAGGAUCAGGGAAAGGCACGAUAUCCAAGAGGAUUGCGCAAAGCUUUGGCCUGCAAUAUCUGUCCAGUGGCCACUAUCUGCGAGAGAGCAUAGCGGCAAACACAGAGGCAGGGCUGCUGGUGAAGAGCUACGUCGAAAGAGGCAUGCUGGUGCCUGACCAUGUGAUGACCAGGCUGAUGCUGCCCAGACUGGAGCAGCUGAGCGGCCACAGCUGGCUGCUGGACGGUUUUCCUCGCACACUGUCGCAGGCUCGGGCCCUCAACAAUUUGUGUCAGCUCGACUUGGUCAUCAGCCUCAACAUCCCCUACGAGACCCUGAGGGAGAGACUGAGCGACCGCUGGAUCCACCCAGCCAGCGGUAGAGUCUACAACAUGGGCUUCAACCCGCCCCGAGUGAAGGGCAAAGACGAUGUCACCGGUGAGCCGCUGAUUCAGCACGACGACGACAAGCCCGAAGCUCUGAUGGCCAGACUGAGACACUACAAAGACGUGGCGAAGCCGGUCAUAGACUUGUACAAGUCUCAAGGAAUCCUGCACUCAUUCUCUGGUACAGAGACGGACCGGAUUUGGCCUUACAUCAACUCUCUCCUCAACACCAAGAUGCACACACAGCCAUCAGAUGCUUGCCAAAGCCAGACACCCUGACACUGCUCUGAGAGAGAGAGAGAGAGAGGCAGCCACGGAGACAGGAGGAGGAAGGAGGAGGAAGAGGAAGGAGGAGGGAGGAAGGAGGAGGCAGGAUGACAUCUUUUCAUGCUGGCCUCAUGUCAGCUUGGAGCUUCCUCGUUAACGGCGAGGUUUCGAAAAAUGGACUAGGACACUGUUCAGCACGUGUGUGAUCCAAUCACUAGUUGGUUUUCCAAAUGAAUGGUUGCAUGCAAAUAUUUCAGGAGCUUUAUACUGAAGAUUGUGACGAAUUCAACAUGAUCGCAAAAAAAAUGCUCACAUCCUGCAAGGCAAUAUCAACACGCAUCAUUUUUUUUUUUUUGUAAAUCAGAAGCACUUAUUUUCACAUUUGACUUUUUGAUUUUCAGUUUAUUUUUUCUGUUUUCGACCUGUUCAUUGUGUAGAUUGAAUAAUGAAUCAGGGAUUCUCUUUAUAGUAACAAAACUACAGAGCUGAUGGAUCAAUGGAAGCCAGACAUUGCGAGGUUUGGUCACUCAGAGCAUUGAAUACAUGUUUACUGUAAAGAAAGUAACAUGCUAGUCAGAGCAAACAUGGGUAACGCUUCUUAAAAAAUCUGAUAUAUAUAGUUUUUUUUCUUCUAACAAUAACAAACACUAUCACAUUUUACUGCCUCUAUAAAUAUACUGUGUGGGUUUUUGCCAUUUUUGCCAUAACUUCACAACUGUAGCUUUCACUGUUUUGAAAACGCACAAAUUUCAGUCUCGCCACAACCAUAACCCAACCCGUUCAGCAUGGUAUCACAUCUUAAACGAGCUUCGACAGAUCAUCCUUUGGGUACUUUUUUUUUUUUUUCCUCCUCAAACUAGAAACCUGAAACCACUUGCUUGCUGGGUCACCUGCAAGUCACGAUUUCAUAAAGUGGUUUUCAGCUCUUCAACUUUAUCAGCGCAGCGUUUCUACAAUAUAUCCAUCACAUACACAGACAGACCAUUUGCACUGUAUAAACUGCUAUUCUUUACUUUAAUGCUGGAAUGCUGCCGAGUUUUGUAAGAGUUUUUGGGCGCGGUACAAGCAGGCCUCGCCGUCGCUCCGCGUCACACCGGGGCUGGGAUGAAGACCGACGCCUUCGAUGUUGUUAGAUUCCUUUAAAUAUAAGACUGCCUUGAGAUUUAUGUCAUCAAAACAUUAUAUUUUCGUUAAAUUGUCAUUUUGUGUGCAGCGUUUGUUCAGCUAUAGAAUACUGUUGUAUGAUAACUUUAGCAAAUAAGAGGUCACGUUUAUGACUCUGACCAGGAUGUAAAGGUGUUUUUUGUUUUUUCCUUCCAGAUUGUUUGAAUAUAGAAAUCAGUUAUCGGAUGAACUACUUGUAAAAUGUCCACCUUUGCUUUGCAGCUUUUUAUUUUUUAUUCUGAGAAGUGAUAAAGCUUGUCAUUGCCUCAAGCACACUAGCGACCAACAUGUGCAAUAGAACAACCAAGACCAAACAGGAUGUUUUUUUUAGUUCUGGCAACACUGACAUUCCAGAUUUACAACUUUCUCGUCAGUUUUGUAUCACCUUAAUUGAUUAUAAAAUAGUGUGAAUUCAGGGAUUGGCCAUGGGCAACACAUAUGGAAAACAUUUUCCAUUAGGUUUUCAGUGAUUUUGUGUAUUUUCCUUAUCUGGGGGUCAAAGGUUAUCGUGUGUUGCAUGCUGUACAUUAGAUUGUGAGGUAUUUUGAGUUGACUCAACCAAGAUGGGAGACCGAGGAAGAAGAAACCGAAUCUCAGCAGCAGAAGUGUGACGUCUAUUGAUGUUGAUUUGAUAAACACGUCUGGAGAGUCUGUGGAGAGCAGCUGAUUUACUCUGUGGUUUCUGCUGCGUCGACUCUAUCGCUGGAUGCUCGGUGUGUUGUUGUCGUCGGGUGAAUGGGUGCGAUGCGAAAGCGUUAAACUGUACAUAACCACAAUACACUGCUGUUAUGUAACACCAGUGAUUUUUUUUUCUCCCCUGCCCUGUUCAUACCAUGCUGGCUACACAUAUUACAUUCCAAGAACAAUAAAAACAAAUAUUUUCCCA